UAUAGAAAUGAUGAAACAUUGAUCGCGGGGUUUUUUUUUUUUGGCGUAUCAGAAACGGAAGUGAUGGAGAAGUGGGUAGCCGAAUUCUUCCUCCGUCGACAACAAAACCCUAGGGUUUAUGCUCCUUCUCUGUUAUCGGCUCUGAAACCAGUAGAUUCAGACGACUGUGUAAAGUUCAAGAUAACUGCCGUGUUGCGGGACAUCUCCAAUUCCUUGAAUCGAGGUACGGUCGACGAAGGAAUGCUUGACCUCCUCGAGCUUCUUGAGAAGCUUCUGUUGCAGGAACAUUCUGUAAUCAUGGAGUCUCUCAGAUCUGCGUAUUGCUGGACGGCUGCGGAGUGCUCGCUUAGGUUCAUGUGGCCGAUGACUGCUUCGGAUGGCUUUUUUGGCGAUGCCCUCGAGAGGAUUUGGAAGAAGCGGAUUGGGAUGUUGAAGGAGAGGGAGAGCGAUUUGGUGAGUCGCGAGUUGUUGAAAUGGGAGAGUGACCUGAACAAGGCAUUUGAGGAACCUGAGAUUUACAAGAAGAUUCGUGAGACUAACAUCAGGUACAAUGCCAUUUCUCGUCUAACUCAGCUUCUUAAAGAGCAGUGGGCACUACUUGGGUGUUCCUCUCUUGAAUCGGAAGCUCGAAAGAGGUUACUUAAGUGCAAGGAUCCACCAUCUGCUUCCCGGCAAAGAGGUUGUUAUCAUUUUGGUAGAGCAGGGGACACCAUUGAUAACACCAAUGAGGAGCUCGAAACUGGGAGGGAGGCCAGAAAUGGAAGCUAUAGAGAGAAUGCUAAUGAUGUUGAAGAAGUGGGAUGGGUGGAGAAUCCUGAUAGGGUUGAUAAGGUGACUGAUCAAGAACACGAACAUGAGCCAAGUGUUAGUAAGGGGGACGUAACAGUAGCUCGAGAGCUUAAGGAUGUUUUGCUAGAGAUUCAAAGACUCACAGACCUUUCCACUAUGCAAGAGAAAGAACCUGGCAAUGCAAUGGACCAGUCAGCGAACGUCACUCCUCAGCAUGAUGGGGAAAAUAGGACUGAAGCAGAAGAUAGUGAGGGAACAUCAUCGUCUAGAAGAGUCAGGCCUCAUCUACCAACCCCGGAACCUCUUAAUGUAUCACCCUUGAAGAAAGUUAGAUUGGAAAGACCGCGUCCCAGAAGGCUCAUGAAAUUCUGGACUCCUGAAGAAGUGGAAGCUUUGAGGGAAGGAGUGAAAGAGUACGGAAAAUCAUGGAAAGAUAUCAAGAAUUCAAACCCUGUUGUUUUAGCUGAUAGGACUGAGGUGGAUUUGAAGGAUAAAUGGAGGAAUUUAUUUGGUCGGCAGUAGUAGGAAUCUUGCCAGGUCGCUUAGGGAUGUUUUUGGAACUGUUUGGUUUUUGAGUUCUUGUGGAGUUUCUUGUAUGGUGAAUAUGUUCUUGACUGAGCCUUUUGUAGUUAGUGUCCAAACUUUAGACGGUA